AAUGCACUAGUAGUAGUAGUAUCCGUUUGCUAAAAGCUAAAAAUAAAAAAGGAAUCCUUGGUAGCACGACGUCGUUUAGUGGUUUUGGAGUUUGGACACUAAUAAUUUGGUUGUUUUCCUAGUUGGCAUAGGACCAAGUACGCUAGAACAAACAACCUCGGAAAACGGUCCUGUAUACUAAUUUAAUCCUGCAUUAGCAAUUGAGAUUCUGAAUGAGCCAUUGUUUAGAAGAAAAAAAGUGGAAAGAAGAAGAAGAAGGUGAAGGAAGCAUCUGAUACUGGCAGGGCAGCAAAAGAAAAAGCGAAAAGGAGAACAACUGCUUAUCUUUCUCUUUUCCAGUUUUCUCUUUCUCUUUCUCUUUCUCGUUAUUGUUAUUGUUAUUGUUAUUUCUCACUUUCACUUUCACUUUCGUUGAUAACAACAACAGGUAAUUAAAUAAACAUUUCUUAACCACACUUUUCUUUCCAACUAAACCAUACAUUCACUUUUUUACACUUUCUCUUUUCUCAAUCUCAUGUGCUUCAAUCUUUCUUCUUCUUUUUCUUAUGCUUCCAUGGUGCUCAUGCUCUUUGCUUAGUUCUCUCUCUCUCUCUCUCUCUAACGCAACUAAUGUCUGAUCCCUCCAAACUGCGUUUGGUUCGUUGCCCCAAAUGUGAAAAUCUUCUUCCUGAGCUCGCCGAUUACUCUGUUUAUCAAUGUGGUGGUUGCGGUGCUGUUCUUCGAGCAAAACAGAAAGGUUAUGUGAGUGGUAGUUUGUCAGAUGAAGGUAAAGUUGACGGAGGUUCUGCCAAAUUAGAGAAAGGUUCAGUUGUUACCAAUGAUACUUCAGAUGUUGAUGUUUUAUCCAACAUUGGUCCCUCUAGCUGUGAUAAUCAAAGGGAUAUGGAUAAGACAAACGAGAAAAUUCCGAAUCGAUCAGAAGACUCUGAUGAGAAAGGGGUUUUGGAGAAUGAUGUUGAUCUUAAUAGAAACAAGGAUGAAGUGAGUAAAGUAGCAAUAGAAAGAAAACAGGAGGAAUCCAUGUCUCAAACUGAUAAUGAAAAUAGGUCAAAAUUCUCUGGUGGAAAUUCUAAUUUGCAAAAUAGAGAGAGAACUGAGAUGGAGGGGUUUAGGAGAAAGUUAAGAGCUGAUAUGGAAAAUGUUAGAUUUUCAACUUCCAACUAUCCUGAUGAAGGACCUUCAAAUGGAUAUUCUGGUUCUUCUAAUAAUUAUAUGGAAUCAUGGAGGAAUCAUAAAGAAAAAGACGGUGCAAAUAGGGUUCAACACCUUGAGCAAGAUCGAGCCGAGCUUCUAAGGAAGCUGGAUGAGUUAAAAGAUCAGCUCUGUAAGUCUUCUGAAGUUUGUAACAAUCCAAAAGAAAAAGUUAUGUUAGAUGAAAGGAUGAUUCCUCCCGAUCCUCGUCCUUUUGGUGGCUCGGAUCCCUGGUUUCCUGAUGGAUCGUCGGGAUUGAACAGGAAUUCGAGGCAGUUUUUUAGCACCGAUAAACACAUGGCAGGGCCCCCUCAUCUCAAUUAUCAUCAUGAUCCGUAUCCUUUUAUAGGUGGUCCUGAAACCGCCAUGCCAAACUUUCAUCCUUCAAUGCAUUAUCCAAAUCAAUUUGGAGAUCCUUUUGCAUCCCAAAUGCUGAGGAGAGGUCCACAUCAGUUCUCACAGCAACCAUUACAUCCUUACUUUCCCGGACGGUAUGUUGAUCCGAAUCCAGAUUCAUACGAAUUGUAUGCCCACAAUAAUAAUGCAAUGCUUCACCUGCCUUCUUGCUCUUGUUUCCAUUGCUAUGACAAUAAACGAAGAGGUUCAGUGCCGGUGCCGCCUGCUUCAUUUGUUAACAGCAGGUUCCCUGAUGCUCCAAUUGAUCCUAUGUUAUAUCAUCAUGAGAUCCCCGGGACAUUUGGUUCACGUGUUCAUAAUUCUAGAGCUUCCAUACCUCCUGCGCAUUUUCGUGAAAAUCAAUCACAUACAAGAUGGCCUAGUGACUUCAACUCUGAGGUUGUUCGAAACCGUCCUCGAAAGGUAAUGCUUGCUAGUAGUAGCAGGCGUUGUCGUCCUGUAGCUGGUGGUUCGCCUUUCAUCACAUGUCAUAACUGCUUCAGGUUACUACAACUGCCUAAAAAAGCACUGGUUCUUCUGAGAAAUCAUCAGCAGAGAGUGCGAUGUGGAGCCUGUUCUUCAGAAAUCAGCUUUGCUGUCAUCGAUAAGAAGCUGGUCAUACUUCCUCAUUCUGAAACGAAUAGAGCUUCCACAAGAGUAGUUGAUGACAACUCUAAUGAGGUUCUGAGUAGCCACGUAUCACAUUCUCGUGGUCAUGCGAACAGGAGCGCUGCCAACUUCUCAUCAGAUGAUUAUUCUGGUUAUGAUUUUCUCUCAGUAGAUAAAGAACCCCUUUCAGUGGUUGGUUUGAACUCUAACAGGUCACAGGAGAUGCAGAGUUUUCAUUCUUCAUCUUCUAGUACCUCUGAAGAUGAAAAUAGUUCAGAAGUGUUGAUUGCUCCAAGUGAGGCGGUGAAGUCCAUUCACCGGCCAACGACAGACUCUCUAUCUCCUCCUUCUGGAUCACCUCUGCAAGAGUAUGUUGAUCACUCUAAUAGUAAUAAUCGUGUUGUAAACCGGUUUGGAAAAGGAAACCGAAGCAGUCGGUCAGAGCAAGAGAAGGCAAAAUCGGAAAAGAUUGCAUCACGCCAAAAUUCUUUAAAAGAAACAGCGGUUGCAACUGAAAUGGAUGUCCAUGAUUAUUCCAACACUGGGGUCUCCCAGGAUUCCAGAGAUGCUAGCCGAGAACACGAUCAUCCUAGAUCUAACAAAGGAGGUGAAUCAUUCUUUUCAAACAUAAUCAAGAAAAGCUUCCGAGAUUUCUCUCGAUCUAAUCAAACAGAUGAUCGUUGCAAAAUCAAUGUUACUGUGAAUGGGAAGCCCUUGUCAGAUCGCAUGGUUAAGAAGGCUGAAAAGCUAGCUGGUCCAAUCCAGCCUGGAAAUUAUUGGUAUGAUUUUCGGGCAGGAUUUUGGGGUGUCAUCGGUGGGCCUUGUCUUGGAAUAAUUCCUCCAUUAAUAGAGGAGUUCAAUCAUCCCUUGCCAAACAAAUGUUCUGGUGGGAAUACGGGCGUUUUCGUAAAUGGUAGGGAACUUCACCAAAAAGAUUUGGAUUUGCUUUCUGGAAGAGGACUCCCCCCUGAUAGAGAUAGAUCUUACAUCAUUGAAAUUUCUGGGAGAGUUCUAGAUGAAGACACAGGAGAAGAGCUGGACUGCCUUGGCAAACUCGCACCAACAGUGGAGAAAGUGAAGCAUGGAUUUGGGAUGAAAGCACCUCGGGCAGCUCAAUAAUCAAAAUGUAGAGACAAAUGUUCUUUUACGGGUUCGAGAAGGUGGCUUUUGUUCAAUCCUUCUGAAGAUUCAGAUACUCAGAAAUUUUAUCUGGUAUUUGAUUAUGGAGCUAGUCUUGAAAUGUUUGCAAGAUAACUUGCAAGAUAACUUGCAAUUCUUCAAUCUUGCCGAAAAGUUUAAGUGAUUUUGUUGCAUAGCUUGAAUUUAGAUGACAUAUGUAAUGUGUAAUUUUUGUUAUGUUAGAAAAACUGCAAUAGAAGUAUUUUGCUUGAUUUCAAGUAGUUUUAGGAAAAUUGAAGUGGUCUUGCAGAAAGUCAUGCAUUCAAUGUAGAGUUUGAUGUGUAAAAAUUAGCAAGUUAUUCCUUGAUCAGCUUGUAGUAGUUAUGCAUUUGCAAAUGAAUUUUGGAAAUGUAGCUUAAUAUGAUAUGGAGCAUGAUAAACAAAAUUAAACAUGAA